AUGGAGCAGCCCUGGCCGCCGCCCGGACUUUGGAGCCUCCCUCGCGCCGCGGGUGAGGCUGAAGAGGAGAGUGACUUGGACGUGUCCCCCGGGUCCCCGCGCUGCUCGCAGCUGCCGGGCGGCGGCGGCUCCCAGAUCUAUAGCCACGGGAUUGAACUGGCUUGCCAAAAGCAAAAAGAGUUUGUGAAGAGUUCCGUGGCGUGCAAAUGGAAUCUCGCUGAAGCGCAGCAGAAACUGGGUAGCUUAGCACUGCACAACUCCGAGUCGUUGGACCAGGAACACGCCAAAGCACAAACAGCCGUAUCAGAACUGAGGCAGCGGGAAGAGGAAUGGAGGCAGAAGGAGGCGGCGCUGCUGCAGAGAGAAAGAAUGUGCCUGUGGAACACAGAUGCCAUCAGCAAGGAUGUUUUUAAUAAGAGUUUUAUUAAUCAAGAUAAAAGAAAAGAAACAGAAGAUGAAGAUAAAUCAAAAUCUUUUAUGCAGAAAUAUGAACAAAAAAUCAGACACUUUGGUAUGCUGAGCCGAUGGGAUGAUAGUCAGAGGUUCUUGUCUGACCAUCCCUACCUUGUGUGUGAAGAAACUGCCCAGUAUCUUAUUUUAUGGUGUUUUCAUCUAGAAGCUGAACAGAAAGGGGCUCUGAUGGAACAAGUAGCACAUCAAGCUGUUGUCAUGCAGUUUAUCAUGGAAAUGGCCAAAAAUUGUAAUGUGGAUCCAAGAGGAUGUUUUCGUUUAUUCUUCCAGAAAGCCAAAGCAGAAGAAGAAGGCUAUUUUGAAGCAUUCAAAAAUGAACUUGAAGCUUUCAAGUCAAGAGUAAGACUCUGUUCUCAGUCACAAAGUUUUCAGCCUAUGACAGUUCAGAAUCAUGUUCUCCAUUCUGGUGUUGGAUCUAUAGGUUUAUUAGAAUCUUUACCACAGAAUCCAGCUUCUCCGCAGUGUUCUAUCAGUACAGCUCUCUGCAGUCUCAACUCAGUGGUACAUAGAGACGAUGAUGAACCCAAAAUGAUGGACACUGUGUGAUCUGGCUUAGACUGAGAGGCCACGGACUGUUUUGUUACAGAAAGGAGGAACUUGCUAUUUUCUUGACACUUUCAUGGGUGCUGCACUUUAUUUUUGUUUGGGUUUUGAUGGGAGGGAAAAUGAGUACUGAAACGUUUUGUAUUUUUUUUCAAAUGUGCUGCUAGUUUUUUGUUGUUUUGUUUUUUUGAAGAGAGGAGUGGUGGUACCAUAACUUGCAGGAGGUUAAACUGGAUUUUUUUUCCCUACUAAAUUUGCCUUUAUUGUUCCAAUUUUGGAAUCAAAGUAUGAAAAUCUGCAGAUAUUCCGUGUGUACAAGAACAGCUGGGUUCUUGGAGGCAUCUGCUCAGCCCCUUGUUACACGG